AUUUAUACAUAACUAUGAUUCAUAAGUAUGUUUGAAUAAAUUUCCAAUCUGUAACCUGAAACGAUUUUAACAGAGCGCGUGACUACAGCUCUUAGAAUUGAGACCGGAAAUAUCAGGCACAUAUAAAGAACACAAAAACAUCACAGCGAACAGGAAAGGACAUCACUAGAAGCAAAACGAUGGGAGGAAGGUACUCCAGAAUGACAGACAACGAACAAGGAAAUGGACGCAAUAUGAAAGACGAAGUCUUGAGGCCUAUAAAGAGGUAUUUCGCGUUGACUGGCCAGUACUGGUCUUUUGAGGGCGACGAGGUAUUUCCCGGUGACUGGCCAGUGUUGGUCUUUCCCGGGAGUAAAGCGAAACGAAUCCUGUACAGAGUACUGCAAGUCGUGAUAGCUUGUUUUGUUGCACUGUACUUUGUGUAUACUUUGGGUAUUUUCGGUUCCAAUAAACUGCCAUAUAUUCUUAGCUACCGUUUCUUUAACUACCCAGUAGCAACAGCCGAUAAUUGUAUGUGGGAAUUCCGUUGGUUGAUAACCUGUUGGCUGGGCAUUUUGCUGACUAGACGCAAUUGGUUGGAAACAUUUGGGAAACAUAUGAAAGAUAUAGAUCUCGGGGAAGAUCGAUGGAAAAAAGUUAAGUUCUUUUCACGGACUUUAGUUUUUUGCCUAAUCGGUAUGUGGCUAGCAAAUGUACUUCAGAACUUAAUCGAAAUAGAUUUCAAAGUAUCUCGACAAAACGCACUACCGAUCGCUUUAGAUGUUAUGUUCAACUUCGUCGAUCGCAUCCUCGCAUUUCCUCUAUUCUUUUUGUGUUGUGUGACGAUGUAUGUAUUGUGUUGCAUGGUCGAAGAAUACCGUGACGAUAUUGAAAAGUGGAGAAAGGACGAAGUAAAGCCUCAGACAAAUGGAGACGAAUGCACAAGCCCAGACAAAGAGACAAGCAAAGACAAAAUCAGAAACGAAGCCACAACUAGUAAAGCCUCAGGUGACGGCCAGUCGACAAGUGGAGACGAAGGCACAAGCCCAGAGGAGAAUUCAAUCGAAGAUGAGAAGACGAGAGGGAACGACGAAAGCAAAAAUUGUGGUGAGAAUUCAGCGAGAGAGCGGUUCCGUAAAAUAAAAGCUGCAAUUCGUAUUGCAGGACUUUCGUUUGAAUCUUAUCUCAUGGUUCAUUUCAUGUUGCUCCUAUGCACGUUUUUCCUUGGGGUUUGCGCUUGUUUUGAACAAAUGGAAGUCAGAAUUGCAAAGGGAAGUGAGAAUUAUACCGUGCAAUUAUUCCAGGUAGGUUGAACGUUUGGCUAGCCCUCUGCUCUCACAAUUCGACAACACUUCAUCAGUUUUUUAUUCUUUUUAGCCCACCCUUGUCAUCAACCCACCCCCCCCUACAUUAAUCAUGUAAACUGUCACCUAUGAUACUUCCCCAUGCUACUUAGAAAAGUGAUUUUGGAGGGGGGGAGGAGGAAUUUUCAACUUGCACGAUUUUUCCCGGCCAUCUCCUUGUAAUGGAUUUUUUUGAGGAAUUUGAAAGGUAUUUUCCUUGGGCUUUGUUUUCCCUCUUUUCACGAAUGUUUUUUUCUUUUGUUUUUAUUUGCGCGAAUCCCCCCCCCCCCUCCCCUGCCCCCCAUAAAUUUUAUAAAGAAUUCAUUUUAUUUGAAUGUCUAUGUGAAACACAAAGUAUUUAUUCCUUUCCAGGUGCCACACUAUGCGAGACUUAUAAACAUUUAUGGAAACCUCUCAUUCGACACUGACUACACGAUCGGUGCACCGUCAACACGUUCCGCAAGUAUGCUGACAGCAAGUAAAACAAUAUCGUUCACCCAAACUCAUGGCAAAGACGCAGGAAAUGGCACGAACAACACCGGGAAAAACCAGAACAGUGACGACAUACAAACCAAAUGGGUGAAACAGAAUGUGAAAAUUGUCGCGAUUUGCUCGCUAGUGAAGACACUGGAAUCAUUGUUACUUUAUUUUCUACCAAUAAGCUUAAUGGUUCGGCUUCAAAAUCGUUUACGACGGGUGUACGAGGUGAUUGAAGAUUGCAAUGUGGAAGAGCAAAAGAAGAAAGAGCUCCUUUUUGAUAACGUGGAAGUUAUCCGGCGUAUGUGUAAGUACGUAAAAACUGCAAAUGGUUUGAAGAUUUUUGGACACACUGUUCCAGCGUUUCAAACUUUUAUUCUGGCAGCGUUUGGUCCAUUUAUUGCUGUGAUCACACAGCGAUUGUUGGCGCAUAUUCACAUGAAAGAAUAGUUAAAACAUGGACGGGAUUUAACUGAAUGCAUGCAUAAUUACUUUUUUAAUAUUUAAUUUAAUUAACAAGCAUAUUAAACCUUUACCAUAUUACAGGAUCCUAGUUGACAACAGUGAAGAUUACUGAUUAGGCUUCCUGUUUAAAUAUUACAUAAUAAUAAUAAUAAUUAGCCAUUUCCCAAUCGAGCAGAGGACUGGGUCUAGUUGAUGUUGGGACGUUGAGGGACGUUACAUUCUCGUACCCAGAGCCCUUCUUACGCGCGUUCGACCGAGCGCGACGAGGGGCUCUGGCCAAAUCCAUAUCCGAAUUGGCAUCUGAUUGGCUAGUUCUAAUACCGGAUAUUGUUUUCUUAGCAUGUUUUUAUGGUAUCCGGUUAUGGAUUUGACCAUUCUCGUACCCAGAGCCCUUCUUAAGCGCGGUGCGACGAGGGGUUCUGGCCAAAUCCAUAACCGAAUACCAUAAAAACAUGGUAAGAAAACAAUGUCCGGUGUUAGAACUAGCCAAUCAGAUGCCAGUUCGGAAUAUGGAUUUAGCCAGAGCCCCUCGUCGCACCGCGCGUAAGAAGGGCUCUGGGUACGAGAAUGGGAUUUGACCAGAGCCCCUCGUCGCGCUCGGUCGAACGCGCGUAGGAAUUAAGGGCUCUGGGUACGAGAAUGGGGACGUACAGAUCAGUGGCGACAACAAGUUAUAGUGAGAGAGCUAAAUAUAUAUUAAAAGAUACCUUAUUAUAAUUGUUGCGUUUCAGGCUGCACAAAUAACUUUAGGAAUGUAGGAAAACUUUCUAGAUGCCAUAUUAGGCGCAUUGUUUAUUUGUUAAUUUGUUGUGAUCAAUGUGAUCUAAACAAGCGACUAGACCCAGUCCUCUGCUCGAUUGGCUAAUUAGUUUCUAUCAUUUGAAUUGCACUUAAUUACUUAGAUGUAUUUAUCCGUGUUUUUACUCAAGUUUAUCAAACGGAAUUAAUCCAAACUUCGCGUGUAUUAGAUUUAGCAAAAUUCAAACAAUUUAAAACUAUAUGCAUGUUCAAUGAUUGUAAU